AAAUCUUCAGCGCUUCCGGCCAGCUCAGCGCAUCGCUCCUGUUGUGUUGUCACUUUUCCAGCUUGUCGAACGAGCGCUGGUGGCAGCUAGCUGUGAGGUGUUUCAGGUGUUUCGGGCCGUGGAGACACAGCAGGACGUUCGGGAGAGAUGGUGCUGCUGACGAUGAUCGCCCGGCUGGCUGACGGGCUGCCGCUGGCCGCCUCCAUGCAGGAGGACGAGCAGGGAAGUGAAAAGCUGGGUCGAGACCUUCAACAGUAUCAGACUCAAGCCAAGCAGCUCUUCAGGAAACUCAACGAGCAGAGUCCUAACCGCUGCACCUUAGAAGCUGGUUCUGUGGCGUUUCACUAUUUCAUAGAGAAAGGAGUUUGCUACCUCGUGCUGUGUGAAGCCAGCUUUCCGAAAAAGCUAGCCUUUGCAUACCUUGAGGACCUGCAGGCGGAGUUUCACGAGCAGCAUGGAAAGAAGGUCCCCACUGUAUCCCGCCCAUAUUCUUUCAUUGAAUUUGACACCUACAUUCAAAAAACCAAGAAGUUGUACAUCGACAGCAGAGCACGAAGGAAUCUGGGCAGCAUCAACACGGAGCUCCAGGACGUGCAGAGGAUCAUGGUGGCAAACAUCGAGGAGGUUCUGCAGAGGGGGGAGGCUCUGUCUGCGCUCGACUCCAAGGCCAGCAACUUAUCCAGCCUGUCCAAAAAGUACAGGAGCGACGCCAAGUAUCUGAACACCCGCUCCACUUACGCCAAGCUGGCAGCAGGUGGCGUGUUUUUCAUCAUGCUUAUCGUCUACGUGCGCUUCUGGUGGCUCUGAGAGGGGAAGCGGAGGAAGAGGAAAGAGGUAGUGAAGAAGAGCUGCACGUGCAUAUCUACAGAGGCCGAGGAAACAUGCAUCACCUUCAGCUGAAGCAAAAUAAACGGGAUCCCUGCUCUUAAGCAGACUUUACAGACAGACAUCAAGACGCUCGUGUAGUCCUGUCCAUGUGUGGAUGUGUAAUCUGAAUAUAAACCUCAUAAAAUAUUAUUUUAUUAAUAAAUGUUUAGUAAUGCUUCAAGUAGCUGCCCUGGAUUGGAGAGGAAAUGAGUAACUGUAUGUGUUUUUUUAAGGUGAUUUAUGUCUAAGUGUAGAGAGAGGGGAAUUUCCUGGUUUGUGCAUUUUCAAAGGAGUGACUGAUUCACUUCAUAUGAAUCAGAUAAAAAAAAUUGGCUUUAUUUUUCAUCCAGAUCACGUCACAUGGGAACAGUUGGUAUUUUAACAAGGGGAUCAUAUUAAUGAUGGCUGCACAAUCUGAUACAAUUACUGGGAAAAUAUUUUUGGAAAACAUGAAUGUUCUGUAGCGGUAACAAAAGCUCUGCAACAGCUGAGGAGAAGCAUUUGAAGUGGAUUAAAGAAACUGUAUGGAA